GGCGAGCGCUUUGCCCCUCACCGUGGCCCUCACCACCGCCCUCUGCUGCAGCCAGGCUCUCCCGCCGGCGCCGCCCGACCCCUCGCGCAGCGCCACCAGCCGCCCCUUGACCACCAACUUACCCGUCUUCUCGAAGAGCACAACAUCACCAGCCCCUUCUCCAACCUCACCGGCGCUCUUAAGCCGCUUCAAGUAGAAGGACAGCCCUGCGAGAAGGUACUGGAGGAUUUCGAUUGCGAGAGGAUCCAUCGGGCCUUCGGAGGUAUGGAGGUCUUCACGGUGCACCCAUCUACGUGUGUCUGUCUGUGGGUGUGCACGUGUACGUUUAUGUAGCUGACAGGUCCUGAGUUCACGCUGGCAGACGAGGUCCUCCACCUGGUGCCAUACGUGCACCUGGACGGCCUCGUCGACGGCUGCAUAGGUCGGGGCGGGCGUGCACACACAGAUAUUAAUCAUGCACAGAAAUCCGUGUGUCGCUCUGGUGUGUAGGCAUGCGGGAGGGCGAGAGCCGGCUGGUGAAGGUCAGCACGGCAGGCAGCUCUGGUGGUGCCGAGCAGGUAUGUAUGUGUGCACUAUAUAGAUGGGCAUUACGACCCUUGGUGUCUUGGGCGAUUGUCAGGGUGCUGCUGAUGCUGAGCUCGAGCAACGAGGGCGCCGAAGACGCAGAGGUGCGGACGGGACGGCCUGCGUCCACGUGUAUAUGGAUGGGUGCAGCUGUUGCUCGACGUGGGCCCGGUCAGUCUGCACACGUGCACAUACAUUUAUUUGUCUUUGAGCGCAUUCACUGUAUGCGUGUCUUCCUUCACAGAGAAGUCCCGGACCUCACCGAUGCCCUCGCAAGGCAGGCAGGUGCGCGACGCCAUGACGCUCAAGGAGCUGCCGAGCCAAGUGGAGGACAAGCUGCUCAAGCAGUGCCAGGUGGGUGGGUGGGUGGGUGAGUGACAGAGAGGAAGGGCAAACAUAUACAAACAAACGAGCGCAUUUGGGCUGUCGACAUGUGGUGUGCAGGAUGACCGGGAGCGCAAUCUUCGCGCCGGCGUCAUCGCCGCCCUGCUCGACUGCACCAACCUCACCAUCCCAGCCAGGUACACUCAGAUGCACGUGUAGAUAAUGCCUGACUGCUGCAUGGAUUGGAUGUCUGCAAAUUGUGCACACAGAGACGCUCAUAGUGGAACACGGCAAGGGCAAGUCGGAGGCCUCCAAGGGCCACGACGUCUCCAAAGUCACCAAGGCGGCCGCACUCAGCGACUACCUACGCCGGAGACAAGCCGCCAUCACACAGUAGGCCUUCAACAGGGCGGCUCUGCUGGACUGCAGACAUACACACGUGUGCGUUUGUGUGUGUUGGCAGGGAGCUGCAGGCGUCAUUUAUCCUGGAUGAGAUCGCCGAGAGAGAGGGGCUGACUGUGGCGGUGAAUUUCCUUAGUACACGUGCCUGUCUGUGUUUGUUAGCUCUCUGUGUGUGUCUGUGUAGCCUGACGAGCUGCAAAUAAACAUCGACACGGUGCAGCAAGACAUGAAGACACGGUGGCACACACACGCGCAAGAGAGAACCCCCCCUCAGCCACACACCCCCAACGCACAUAUGUCAUUUGUGUGUGCAGGAAUCCCGAGUGCAGUCGAAGCUCGAGGCAAUGCUCAUGGCGCAGCGGGUCAUCGACUGGAUCACAGAGAGGUCCGUGACACCCAUCCACCCACCCAACCACAUACGAAGAUAAUGGUGGCAUCCAUCCAUCCAUCCAUCCAUUUGUGCUGACUACAGGUCGUCAAUCAGCUGGGUUCACGAGGCCGAACUGUAUGGCGGCAAUCUCGACGACAGGCUGGACACGCUCAUGCGCCAGACGGAAGCCGCCAAGGCGACAACCGACACCAAGACAAACACCCGCAACGGCCCCUAAUGCUGCUGAGGUACGUUAGGUUCCUGACACACACACAGUGUGCGCAGAAAGAUGGAAUUCUUGAUAGAUGCGCGCAUGUGUGCAUGUGUGCAUCCCUGACUGUAGGCACAUGUCGACUCAGGAUGUUCUGGCCCGGCGGGCGCAGCGGACCAUGAGCAGUCUCUGGUGAUGUGGUCGGUGCUUGUGUACAUAUUGAGCUCACGGCAAGGCACACGGAGACCUAUCUUGUGUGUGGACUGUAUAUCUGUACACCAGUUACGGGCCUGUUGUGUGCAUGCGGUGUGUGGAGGUGUCAAGACCUCACAUGCAUCGAUUUCACCGAUUGAAUUUCAUUGCCUGUUUCGCGUAGUGUCCACACAUACGUUGACCGUUUGCAUCUUCCCCUUCCCCCCCUCUCCUUCAAAAUGAUGAAAACAAA